UUGUGGCCACAGAAGAGGUUGUGACUGCAGAAUCUGUGGAUGGUGCUAUUCAGCAAGUUGUCAGUUCUGGAGGUCAGCAAGUUAUUACUAUAGUUACAGAUGGCAUUCAGCUUGGUAACCUGCAUUCGAUUCCAACCAGUGGAAUUGGGCAGCCAAUCAUUGUGACCAUGCCAGAUGGACAGCAAGUAUUAACAGUUCCAGCAACAGACAUUGCUGAAGAAACAGUGAUAAGCGAAGAACCACCAGUGAAGAGACAGUGCAUUGAGAUUGUUGAAAAUCGUGUGGAGUCUGCAGAAAUAGAAGAAAGAGAAACUCUUCAGAAACAGCUGGAUGAGGCAAACAGAGAAGCACAAAAAUAUCGUCAGCAGCUUCUAAAGAAAGAACAAGAAGCAGAGGCCUAUCGGCAGAAGUUAGAGGCAAUGAACCGCCUCCAGACUAAUAAAGAAGCUGUUUAAUGAAAAAUGAACAUACUGCAAAGCCUGUUACUUUCAAAAACCUGCAGUACAAUCUUGAACUGUACGCUAUAUAGGUACAGACACAGGAUUACAGGAUAGAGAAGAUGCUACAAGUUGAUAACUGGACUUAAGCCGUGAGCUCUGAUGAAUUUCUGUAACAUAAAAACUCUGAAUUUAGAAAUUGUGAAAAGUAUUUAAAAUGAAAUACUGUAAAUAGUUGGUUUUUUUACAGUUUCAAAAUGAGUUGAUAAAUCUUUUUGAAGGGAUCCAGAAACAGGAGAAGCCAAUGUUUUUGUGAAAUUUUUGAUUUUAGUAAGAAUCUAACUUCUGAAAAACAGAACAGUUUUAAGGGUGAUGUUGAUUUAAGCUGACAACUUGAAAAUUAAUUAUGUGACAAAAUUAAUUAACAGUUAUUUCUACAUGGUAACAACUUAAACUUCUCUGAGUAAGACAUUUCCAGGUGGAAAUCUUUGUACAGCUUUAAGUAGUUGUCUCAGAUUCUCUGAAAACCAUUUUUGGUUUUUUUUUUUAUUUUAGGCGGUGAAAUUUUUAUAUUUAAUUUCAGAUAUAUCCAAGUAGAUUUACAUGUAUAUGAAGCUAAUAUUUUUUAAACUUUUCAGUUUGUACAUAUGCUGCAUGUUUUUAUAAUUUCUACACAUACAUCUUGCAUAGGUAUUUUUCAGCAAAGAUGAGAAAAAAUUAAGAGAAAAAUGUUUAGCCUAUAGGUCAAUUCAAGUAAGCUAGCAGCCAGUUUUAUUGUGGAUGGUAUAUUUCUUGGAAGAAUGUAACUUGUAAUUAAGAAGAACAAAAAAAUCUUAAUUUACAUAUUAGAGGCAAUUUAAAAUUUGGUAGUGGAGACAUUGUAACCACUUUGUGUGUCUUGCAAUUUUCCUGUAUAAACAUUUUAAAGUUCAGUAAUGAAUAUAAAAGAAUGUCUCCACUGAAACACAAAUAGUAGUUCUUUUAGAAUAUUCCUAUUGAUCUCUUCCCCAAUAGCCUUGAAAGUAUUUCAGUGAUACGUUUUUUUCUAAACAGACUUUUGCAUUUUAAUUAUGCAAUUGGACAAGUGAUUUUUUUAUGUUGUAGUGAUGCUCUUCUUACCUAGCAUCAUUGUUCUUCACUGUGUUACUGUGUUCGUGUGUGUCUGUGCAGUGAUCUAUUAUGCUUAAGAUUUAUAUAGCACAUUACAUCUUCAGAGCAUUGUAAAAUCUUUUAAAGAACCCUUACUGUACUGCCUGAGGCAGGUGAGUGAGUGUUACUGUCUCAAUUUUAUAACUGGUAUUAGCGCAACACAGGGAGUGUUAAAUGACUGGCCCGAGACCACGUGAACUGUGGUAGACCUGGGAACAGAUCUCAGGAGUUCUGGCUUCUAGUCCUGUGCUUAGACUGAGCUGCCUUAAGAUUGUUCAGUGCUGUGUUACAUUAAAUUUUGAACUACUGUGCAGAUUCCUUUUUUUGUAAGAUAAAACUCUUUGUGCUUUGCUUUGUUGUUCCAUGUUUCACUGCUUUUAUGGAAUUGUUUAUAUAAACUUAAGCAAAAAGUCUAGUUUACCUAUACUGUACACACAAGAAUUACCCUUAAAACUGUACUCUGGCCUACUUUUUCUAUUUUACAAUUAAAUAUCUUUUCCACGUA